GUUGGCUGAUAGGAAACACCACUCCUCUUGUAACACUUCAAUUGAAGUUUAGUCGAGUUGGAUUAUUAUGAAGAACGACAAAAAAAUGACAACAGCACUGCUGAUAUAGUUUAAUCAUUUUUAUUAAGCAAAAUGCCGAAGCUGCAUUAGAAGAUAAUCUUAUUACAGGCCGUCGUUGAUUUCCUGUUAUGGUGCAUUCCACAAGGUAGCCUUAAAGACUGGCUCGCAAACAAUGAGCGGCGAAACGACGGCAGACGAGGGCCCCAGUCCUGUGGUGGUCACCGUCCCUCUGCCCAUGCCUGAAAACGGUCCUGCACCUGCAGAGGAAGUUCCUGAGGAUGAGGCCGCAGCACCCUCGGAGGAUGCUAGCGAGCCCAACAAUGGCACUAAGAACUCGUCCAUCACGGAGCAUCCAGCCUACGUGACAGCCAUGCAAGAAAUCCUGGCUCUGAAGGAGCGCGUGCAGCAGCUGGACGAGGUCGAGAGGACUAAGACCUUUUUGCAGGUGCAGCUCGACACCCUGAGCAAAACUGUUGAGCAGCAGGAGGCUGCGUUAGAGGAUCAAAAGUCUGAGGCGAGGAAACAAGAAGAAGCGGCGAUCGCUGCGAUAGCUGCUUCGAAGAUGCAGCUGGAAAAAAUGAGAAAGGAAAACGAGGAGAAGAAACGAGAGUUGGAGGCGACGGUUGUGAGAUACGCGGUUAGUGAGCAGGCUGUCAUCAAGGCCAGGGCAGGGGCCAGUACACACGAGAAAAAGAUGCAAGAGGCUAAGAAAGAGGUUGAAGCCAUCCAGAAGAGGAUGAAGUCGAUUGCGGCGGACCGGGCAAAGUCUGACAAAGACUUUGACGCAAAGUGCAACGAGGUGAUGGCGAUCAGCAGAGAAAAGGAGAAGCUGCGUGACGAGCUGCACAACAAAGAUAUUAAAAUCAAAUGGGCGCAAAACCGGAUCACUCAAGAGAUGGAUGCUCACAGGGAAACCCAAGAGAAGCUCGAUAAAGUUUCAGCGAUCGUGCAGCAGGCGCAGGAUGACGCUGAACUGGCGAAAAAAGAUGCACUCGCCUCAAUUGCUUCUUUUAAACAGGCUCACUCUGAUAAAAUGCAGACGCUUGAGCUGCAAGUGCAUGAGUUGAAGGCCCAGCUGAUUGUGGCAUGUAGUAAUGAAGACACUAGAAAGAUAGAGCAGAAAGAAGCGAACGAAGCCGCUGUCAAAAUUAAAAAACUUGAGGACGAAAACGGAAUGUUAAGUGGCAGGGUACUUACUCUGGAGGCUGAAAAGAUAGACCUGCGGCAAAGAGUAUCUGAUUUGGUCAAGUGCGAGGAGGAAAAAUGCCAACUAGAGAAACAGUUUCUAUCACUGAAGGCUGAAUUUGAUCAAAUGCAAGUCGAGAUGAGGAGAAAGUCUGAAGAGCUUGAGGCAGCCGCCUCAGACGCGGAAGCGUGGCGCACCAAGGAAACUGAGCUGCUCUCCUACACGCAGCAGCUGACCGACAAGCUGGUGGCCGUCCAGUCAGAGGCCAUAGCGGCCGAAAACAAAGUUCAAAGGCUGGAGGCAGAAUAUCAGCCGCUGUCCGACCGAAAUUCGCAGCUCGAGGAGCAGCUUCAACGCGUGCAGACAGAGCUUGAGGAAGAGAAACAAGCGCACAAGCAAGAGGUCCAACUCCUCACCAGAAAGGUCGCAGAGAAACAAGAGGCUGCGGAGAAAGCGGCGGCAAAGCUAGAGGAGGUGGAGGGUGAGUGCGCGGUGCUGAAGAGGAAGCAGCAGCUGGGGACCAAGGAGCUGGCGCGCGAGCUGCAGCAAUGCCGGAAGCGGCUGGAGCAGCUGGAGGCGGGCGGCUCGCUUGGCUCGCGCACCAAUAGCUCGAGUUCGCUGGAGGACUCUGGAGGCGGCGGCGGCGUUGCACCCACGAACGGCGUCGAGCCACACCUGCUGAUAGAGCACAUCGGCAAGCUGCAGACCAAGAACACCAAGUUGAACGAGAAGAUCGAGUUCCUGGAAGAACACUCGCGCACGCUGCUGAUCGAGAUUCAGCGCAAAACCAAACUUGUGCAAGAGCUGGUGAUGCGCCAGGAAACGGGCGCUCUGUCUUCUAGAGUCUACGACCUCAACAAGCUGGACAAAGCAAGGAAAUUGGGACAGUUGGAAGUUGCGAAACACGGCGGGGUGAUGGCGUCGGUGUACAGCUCGCAGGACGAGGGCAUAACCCUGCAGCUCUCGCUGGAAAUCAACAAGAAGUUGCAAGCUGUGCUCGAGGAGACGCUGAUCAAAAACAUAACCCUGAAGGAGAACAUGGACACCCUGGGCCAGGAGAUCGCCAGGCUGUCCAAGGAACUGAACUCUCUAAAAAUUAAACCAAGUGCCAGCUAAUUGCUGUUCGACCAACCCUGGCUGGCCCAUUCCAAGUGAUGUGUACCUCGACUAAUUUUAAUUAUUUCCCAAGAGUAUUAAUGGCUGUUGCAACCAUAUAUUAUACAAUUUUAUUGGUGUCUAUACAAAAUGUACUUGUCGUGUAAAUAUUGUGCAGAGCAUUGUGUUUUAAGGGAUUAUAAAUUAAUAUACAUAUAUUUGAUUUAUGUUGGCAUCACAAUAAAUCUUUUGGAAAAGGACAAA